CUAUGACUCUAUGCUCUCUCUCACCUUGAGCUUCCAAAAUGGCAAAACCAAACCUUCAUUUAUUAUCAUUUUUAUUCUUCUUCACCACCUUCUUAGGCUUAUUCAACUGCGCAUCAUCACUGAUCAAUCCAGAGGAUGUGUCGAGUUGGCUUGCAUUGGAAGAAACUGAAGAUGUCAACAUGGUGCAAACCCAAAGAGAUUCAUGGAAGAAAUGUGAUUUCUCAGUUGGAAAAUGGAUAUUUGAUCAAACCUACCCUCUCUAUGAUUCCAACUGUCCUUAUCUCACCACUGCAGUUACUUGUCAAAAGAAUGGACGGCCAGAUUCGGAUUAUGAGAAAUGGAAGUGGAAGCCAUUAGGUUGUUCCAUCCCAAGGUUUGAUGCACUGAAAUAUCUUGGUAAAAUGAGAGGAAAGAGAAUGAUGUUGGUGGGUGAUUCUAUAAUGAGAAACCAGUGGGAAUCUCUUGUAUGCUUAGUUCAAGGAGUUAUUGCAACUGACAGGAAAAAAGUCAUCUAUGAUGGUCCUUUAAUGUCUUUCCAUGCUAUGGAUUUUGAGACAUCAAUUGAAUUCUUCUGGGCACCACUAUUGGUAGAACUGAAGAAAGGGUCUAACAAUAAGAGAAUUCUACAUUUGGAUUUGAUUGAAGAGAAUGCAAGGUAUUGGAAAGGAGUUGAUAUUCUUGCAUUUGAUUCAGCUCAUUGGUGGACUCACUCUGGUCAAUCUAGCUCGUGGGAUUAUUACAUGGAAGGAAAUAGUAUCAUCACAAACAUGAAUCAAAUGGUUGCCUAUGAGAAAGGAGUGAGUACAUGGGCAAAGUGGGUGGAUUUGAAUUUGGACCCACGAAAAACCCGAGUCAUUUUUAGAAGUAUGGCACCUAGACAUAACAGGCAAAAUGGUUGGAAAUGUUACAAUCAAAGGCAACCUGUAAAAUAUUUCAGCCACUUACAUGUUCCAGGACCACUGGUAGUGCUAAAAGGAGUGCUGAAGAGAAUGAGAUUUCCAGUAUAUCUACAAGAUAUUACAACAAUGACUGCUUUUAGAAGAGAUGGACAUCCUUCAGUGUAUAGUAAGGCAAUAAGUGAAAAAGAGAGGCAGAAACAAGGUAAUGGUCAGUCCUCUGAUUGCAGCCAUUGGUGCCUCCCUGGUGUGCCUGAUAUUUGGAAUGAGAUGCUCAGUGCAUGGCUUUAACUAUAACUACAAAAAUGGAAGCAGUGCAGUGUACACAACAUCUGCUCUAGAUCUGAGUUUCUUUUUUUUAUUAUGUAGAGUUUUUUAUGGUAACUCUUGCAAGAAAAUUGUUGUUUUCAGUGUUUUCUUUGUCAUUAAGGUUAUAUGUUCAAUAACAUUAUGCUUAUGUUUCUCAUCCA